UUAUAGCUUCAUUAAAGGAAUGUUUUACAUGGGACUUGCAAUUUAACUUAACCUACUAGAACUGUUAUGAGUGCUGUGAUAGAUCAAAUUACUGUCCUACUGGAACAAGUCUAGGCUCUUAUUGGUUCCCUAGUGAAGUUACCAGAAACUGAAAGUCGAAAUGGCUUAAAUUCCCAGUAUGUUUCACAGUAUCUUUUUUGGUGGAGUAAGAAGUAUUCUGAGCAUUUCUUGCUUGUCCUGUGGUUUACUGUUUCAGAUAUAGUGACAGUAUAUUUUAUGUAGGACAUGUAAUAUGUAUUUAAGUUGUUGGGAUUACAUUUAACCAUUUAAAAUUAAAAUAUAAGUGGAAGUUAGUGAAAUUUUCUUUUGCCUAAUUCAAACUUGUGUGCAGGCUUUUUGGAUAUGAUUUUUCCCUUUGCAAGUAAGAUUCUAUAACUUACUUCGCAGAUGUUGUUAAUGAGUGCUAGUCAAUGAUUUUUUGGGGGUACAGUGCCCUCAGAAGAAGGCCUUAACAUUUCAAGAACUAUUCUCAAUAUUUGGGUUGAAAGGGUUUUUUUGUUUUUGUUUUCGUUUUCUACUUAGUCCUCUGAAAAUAUCCUGAGUCCUGUGACUGGGAAGGCUUACCUUGUCUGUUUUUUGCGCUUAUUUGAUCACCCCAUCUUCCUGGACUCCCUAUAGCCACACACCACUUACUCUCACUUGGUUCAUGUUGGUGACAUUCCCAAUUUCAGAACCUUGUCAAAAUCUUUGCUAGCAAAAACCUAUAUUACUUUUUGUAGAUUUGGAGUCGAUCAAAAUUAAGAUGCCCCAAGAGGCAAGGCUCAGUGAACACCUUUGUCUUGGAAUGUACAGCUAUUUUCGCAGCAGCCUGAUGUCCCAGGCCCAGUUAGGCACUGAAAACAUGCAUUUAAUCACAAACUUAGUAAGCUGUUUAAGACGGUAUGUGUAUGUGCGCACACGUGCACGCAUUCAAGUAUGCUUAUGUGAGCAUAUCUACCCCUCCAUCAUGCAGAGGUAAAGCAGCUCUGGAAACAAAACUGUUUGUCUCUAGUGCAGAAAUGUCCCUGCUUUUCUCUCAGACUAGUAUGGGGGCACUGAAAGCUCCGGCUUCAUUAUUCAAAGUGUCAUCUGCCUGGACCAAUAGCAUCUGGGUCUUAUGGAAAUUCGUUAUAUAUACAGAAAGCAAGCCCCACCCCAGGCCUAUUGAAUCAUAAUCAAGAAUCCUGGUGUGGUUCAUAUACACUUUAAGGUUUGAGAAGCCCUGGCCUUAUUUUAGAAGUAUGGUUCACAGGCACAUGUGGUGAUUCUGAGGAAAGCCUUCAUUUUCCUUAGUAUAUAUAAAUUCAAGGCAUAGCCUAUAUGUGAACAAUCACUGAAUUUGGUACUGAUAAUCCAAAGUGGGUCAGAGAGCACAUCAAUUCAAUUCCUUAAAAACUCUGAAGGAGGUGCACUCUUUCCCUUUUCUAUCCUUUAACACCUUAACAUUUCAUUUUAGCAUUCUUCCUUUAAAAAAAAAAAAAAAAAAAAAAAAAAGCAGUUUAGGGUGUCGAGAAUGGCAAAGCCUCAAAAACAGCCCAGGGGAUGUCUCACCUCUUUACACACUUAAGGCUCUGUCCCACUGAGAACGGAGGAAAGUACUGUCUUCCGAAGCAACGGAGGGAGGAGGCACUCAGGGACAGAGAAGUUGAAAAUGGAGAAAGAAGGAAACAAAAGUAGCCAAAAGUAGUCAAGAGGUCAAAAGCCUCUCAUGAGGGCAAAUGGUGGUAGAAGGUCAAGGGCAGAAAAACAAGUGUCAAAUGGCAUCCCCUACUCCCCUCCCCCGCACCCCAACGACUCAACAGCUAAGACUGCUUGUUUAUGAAGCUUCCUGGCCAGGAGCUGAGGUUUGCUUUCGAAAGGAAAAAUGGGUCUGGCUCUCUUUUUAUCCCAGAAAAUUGUCUCGGCUUUAGUCUGGGACAUCUGGUCAUCAACCUGCCCUGCCCAGGCCGCCCGCGUAGGGCCUUGCCCGCGGCGCGUUGAUGGAGGCCGCAGCUGGUGCCCUCUGCAGCCAAGGCGCUCAGCCCGCCUCGAGGGGCGCAGUCUCGGCUCAGCGCUGACCGCUCGGCCCACCGAGGCGCAGCUCUGAAAAUGCGCCACAGUGGCGAAGCGGAGAGUCUGGUUAACCCGUCUCCGCCCAUGCUCAGGACCCACCCAAUGUCCCCAGGCGCUGCUCUCACUCCGGGAGCUGCCCCGGCCGGGGUAGGACAGACGCGUUCGCUCAAAGCCAGAGGCUGCCCCGGCUGAGGUGCCCAGGCCGCGCCUCCAGCCCUGGACGAGCGUGUGCCCCUGGGGUCUGCGCCAGAUGCAGCUCACCCCUUGCUCCUUCAGUCUCCCGGGCGGAGCCCGCCCUCGGGCCGGCCAGCUCUCGGGGCCGAGCGGAGCUCUGGGCGGCGCUCCUCCUGCUCAUUCCCGCGCGGCUCGGCGUCCGGGAGGAAAGCCGCGGGAGGGCAGGUCAGCGAGCGCCGGGCCGCGGGAGACAGCUUUGGGCGGAUAAAAAGCCUCUGCCGCUCUUGGCCCUCUGGCUCAGGCCGAGGGCUGGGCUCUUCUCUGUAGAGCCGGUGCUGGGAGACUUCCUCCCUACACCUCGGGGUCUCUUUGGGCCUCGUGCUAUUUAUUUGUGCCAACAUCUUUUUAAAUUGAUUUUUUUUCUAUUCCUCUUUAGAUUCUUUUUCCUUUUAAAAUUACUGGCAUGGAUGCUUUUUCUCCCCUCCAGAUUAUAUAAACAUUAAACACACACACGUACACACACACACACACACGUUUUCAGUAGCGAUUACUGUGUUGACACCACUUCCACUCUGUCUCCCCAGAUCAGCGCUUCUGACGAGCCCAUUUGCACGGGGACUCGGCCCUCUCUUUUCCUGGCGAGGCUUUUGAACCUGUCGCCAAGCCAGUACCUCAGAGAGAAGGAAAUGCAGAGGGACGAGAAGGAUGCAUGGCGCCUGCCCCCAGUUAGAUGCUCUUCAGAUAAUCUGCAACCAAGUUCGCUGAUAAAAUAUUUAAUAAAGAGCCGGUAAACAUCACUGCAAAUACAUUAAGGCAUUUCAGCCCGACAGCUUAUGAUUAUUUCAAAACUUAAAAAGGAGAUCAUAGAUUGUCACUGUUUCUGUGCUCAACCAAGAAACCGAACCUUCCUGAGGUGGGUGGAUUGGUGGGUGAGUUGCUGCUUUUCGCCCCCUCUCCUCCCCCCUUCUGCUUGUCGCUGUGGCUCUCAGCAGCAGGGAUUUAUUUAUUUAUGUUUGCAGUUUAAAAGGUGGGGGUGGGGGCGCCGAGGACACGUAGGAUUUGCUCACAAAGCACCAGCUCAGGUGUUGUGUGCUUUUGUAUUAGCUGGAAAAGACAGACUCUGGAACUUUUACAGGGCGAGAAGAGGCCACCGGCUCGCGCUUUGUAUACUUUGCACUUGAAAUCGUUACAUUCAACUGAAUAUUUGGCUCAUUCAGAUCCGAAAAGUCUCCUAGCAUCGUCGAAUUCCCUCCUCCGCCCCUCCGCUCUAAAGGGGGGAAGGGGGGGAAGGUAGGAAAUGUUUAGUAAAUUGCACAUCUUUGAAUCUUCCUAAAGCAGUGGUCACAAAGCUUAAAGGUGACACAACAGUGCUCACGUAAACCAACACACAUUCCCCACCCCCCAAGCCAACAAUAAAAUCAUCCCCUUCAAUUUGCCAUGAUCGUCGCUACCAGGAGCCAGGUGAUUAUCCUAAUUAAUGUCUAUCUAAUUAAAUUACUGUCAGCAGCUAACCAAUGGCAGGAGCCGUUUCAUCGGCUGCACAAGCAGCAAGAUCAAAAGUGAGCCUUUUCUGAUUGCUGCAUAGUGUCAAUUGGCCAAUCUCUUCUCCCAGGGAAAAAAAAAAAGUAAAUCAAACCUUUGAGAAGCAUUUGCUGGUUGAAGUGCUUUCUGUCUAGUGAGGGGGUCUGUGGAUUUCUAGUUUAUGAUAAAUAGGACUUUAAAAACCAGGGACGGGAGGGCGAGUGUUCAGGUUCUAGAGCUAUGCAGCUGGAGCACUGCCUUUCUCCUUCUAUCAUGCUCUCCAAGAAAUUUCUCAAUGUGAGCAGCAGCUACCCACAUUCAGGCGGAUCCGAGCUUGUCUUGCACGAUCAUCCCAUUAUCUCGACCACUGACAACCUGGAGAGAAGUUCACCUUUGAAAAAAAUUACCAGGGGGAUGACGAAUCAGUCAGAUACAGACAAUUUUCCUGACUCCAAGGACUCACCAGGGGACGUCCAGAGAAGUAAACUCUCUCCUGUCUUGGACGGGGUCUCUGAGCUUCGUCACAGUUUCGAUGGCUCUGCUGCAGAUCGCUACCUCCUCUCUCAGUCCAGCCAGCCACAGUCUGCGGCCACUGCUCCCAGUGCCAUGUUCCCGUACCCCGGCCAGCACGGACCGGCGCACCCCGCCUUCUCCAUCGGCAGCCCCAGCCGCUACAUGGCCCACCACCCGGUCAUCACCAACGGAGCCUACAACAGCCUCCUGUCCAACUCCUCGCCGCAGGGAUACCCCACGGCCGGCUACCCCUACCCACAGCAGUACGGCCACUCCUACCAAGGAGCUCCGUUCUACCAGUUCUCCUCCACCCAGCCGGGGCUGGUGCCCGGCAAAGCACAGGUGUACCUGUGCAACAGGCCCCUUUGGCUGAAAUUUCACCGGCACCAAACGGAGAUGAUCAUCACCAAACAGGGAAGGCGCAUGUUUCCUUUUUUAAGUUUUAACAUUUCUGGUCUCGAUCCCACGGCUCAUUACAAUAUUUUUGUGGAUGUGAUUUUGGCGGAUCCCAAUCACUGGAGGUUUCAAGGAGGCAAAUGGGUUCCUUGCGGCAAAGCGGACACCAAUGUGCAAGGAAAUCGGGUCUAUAUGCAUCCGGAUUCCCCCAACACUGGGGCUCACUGGAUGCGCCAAGAAAUCUCUUUUGGAAAAUUAAAACUUACGAACAACAAAGGAGCUUCAAAUAACAAUGGGCAGAUGGUGGUUUUACAGUCCUUGCACAAGUACCAGCCCCGCCUGCAUGUGGUGGAAGUGAACGAGGACGGCACGGAGGACACUAGCCAGCCCGGCCGCGUGCAGACGUUCACUUUCCCUGAGACUCAGUUCAUCGCCGUCACCGCCUACCAGAACACCGAUAUUACACAACUGAAAAUAGAUCACAACCCUUUUGCAAAAGGAUUUCGGGAUAAUUAUGACACGAUCUACACCGGCUGUGACAUGGACCGCCUGACCCCCUCGCCCAACGACUCGCCGCGCUCGCAGAUCGUGCCCGGGGCCCGCUACGCCAUGGCCGGCUCUUUCCUGCAGGACCAGUUCGUGAGCAACUACGCCAAGGCCCGCUUCCACCCGGGCGCGGGCGCGGGCCCCGGGCCGGGUACGGACCGCAGCGUGCCGCACACCAACGGGCUGCUGUCGCCGCAGCAGGCCGAGGACCCGGGCGCGCCCUCGCCGCAACGCUGGUUUGUGACGCCGGCCAACAACCGGCUGGACUUCGCGGCCUCGGCCUACGACACGGCCACGGACUUCGCGGGCAACGCGGCCACGCUGCUCUCUUACGCGGCGGCGGGCGUGAAGGCGCUGCCGCUGCAGGCUGCAGGCUGCACUGGCCGCCCGCUCGGCUACUACGCCGACCCGUCGGGCUGGGGCGCCCGCAGCCCCCCGCAGUACUGCGGCACCAAGUCGGGCUCGGUGCUGCCCUGCUGGCCCAACAGCGCCGCGGCCGCCGCGCGUAUGGCUGGCGCCAACCCCUACCUGGGCGAGGAGGCCGAGGGUCUGGCCGCCGAGCGCUCGCCGCUGCCGCCCGGCGCCGCCGAGGACGCCAAGCCCAAGGACCUGUCCGAUUCCAGCUGGAUCGAGACGCCCUCCUCGAUCAAGUCCAUCGACUCCAGCGACUCGGGGAUUUACGAGCAGGCCAAGCGGAGGCGGAUCUCGCCGGCCGACACGCCCGUGUCCGAGAGCUCGUCCCCGCUCAAGAGCGAGGUGCUGGCCCAGCGGGACUGCGAGAAGAACUGCGCCAAGGACAUUAGCGGCUACUAUGGCUUCUACUCGCACAGCUAGGCCGCCCCUGCCCGCCCGGCCCCACCGCGGCCCGGACCCCCAGCCAGCCCCUCACAGCUCUUCCCCAGCUCCGCCUCCCCAAACUCCUCCUUGCGCACCCCCUCAUUUUAUUUGACCCUCGAUGGCCGUCUGCAGCGAAUAAGUGCAGGUCUCCGAGCGUGAUUUUAACCUUUUUUGCACAGCAGUCUCUGCAAUUAGCUCACCGACCUUCAACUUUGCUGUAAACCUUUUGGUUUUCCUACUUACUCUUCUUCUGUGGAGUUAUCCUCCUACAAUUCCCCUCCCCCUCGUCUUUCUCUUACCUCCUACUUCUCUUUCUUGUAAUGAAACUCUUCACUUUUAGGAGACCUGGGCAGUCCUGUCAGGCAGCAGCGAUUCCGACCCGCCAAGUCUCGGCCUCCACAUUAACCAUAGGAUGUUGACUCUAGAACCUGGACCCACCCAGCGCGUCCUUUCUUAUCCCCGAGUGGAUGGAUGGAUGGAUGGAUGGUAGGGAUGUUAAUAAUUUUAGUGGAACAAAGCCUGUGAAAUGAUUGUACAUAGUGUUAAUUUAUUGUAACGAAUGGCUAGUUUUUAUUCUCGUCAAGGCACAAAACCAGUUCAUGCUUAACCUUUAUUUCCUUUCCUUUCUUUGCUUUUCUUUCUCUCCUCUCUCAUACUUUCUCUUCUCUCUCUUUUAAUUUUCUUGUGAGAUAAUAUUCUAAGAGGCUCUAGAAACAUGAAAUACUCAGUAGUGAUGGGUUUCCCACUUCUCCUCAAUCCGUUGCAUGACAUAAUUACUAUGUGCCCUAAUGCACACAAAUAGCUAAGGAGAAUCCACCCAAACACCUUUAAAGGAUAGGUGUCUGUUCAUAGGCAAGUCGAUUAAGUGGCAUGAUGCCUGCAAAGCAAAGUCAACUGGAGUUGUAUGUUCCCCCCCUCUUCUAAAUAGAAUAGCUCGACAUCAGCAAUAUUAUUUUGCCUUAUUUGUUUUUCCCCAAAGUGCCAAAUCCAUUACUGGUCUGUGCAGGUGCCAAAUAUGCUGACAAACUGUUUCUGAAUAUCUUUCAGUACCCCCUUCACCUUUAUAUGCUGUAAAUCUUUGUAAUGAAUACUCUAUUAAUGAUAUAGAUGACUGAAUUGUUGGUAACUAUAGUGUAGUCUAGUGAAGAUGAAUUGUGUGAGUUGUAUAUUUUACUGCAUUUUAGUUUUGAAAAUGACUUCCCCACCACCUAGAAACAGCUGAAAUUUGACUUCCUUGGGAGAACACUAGCAUUAAUGCAAGUAAGACUGAUUUUCCCCUAAGUCUUGUUAUAUUUGAUAAGGAGCAUUAAUCCCCCUGGAAAUAGAUUAGUAGGAUUUCUAAUGUUGUGUAGCAAACCUAUACUUUUUUGUAUUUAAAAAUUAAUGUGAAAUAUGCAUCAUACACAAUAUUCAAUCUAGAUUCCAGUCCAUGGGGGGAUUUUUCCUAAUAGGAAUUCAGGGUCUAAACGUGUGUAUAUUUUGGCUCUUCUGUAAAUCUAAUGUUGUGAUUUUUAUAUUUGUUUCGUUUUGUCUGUGAACUGAAUAAUUUAUACAAGAACACACUCCAUUGAGAAACGUUUUGUUUUUUGCUCGUUUGUAUCGUCUGUGUAUAACAAGUAAAAUAAACCUGGUAAAAACGCUAA